GGAUUUAACUUACUUUGUUAUAUAAGUAAAGUAAAUUCAAACCUGAAGUCAAGUAUGAUGGUUGGAGUCUUAGGACGAAGAAAAUGCAUCCGUUCCGUCUUCAGUGAUGAAUUGAGUAGCCAUCCCGGUCGUUGAUUGUUUCCCAUCCUUCAAGGGUGGGGUGGUUUCUCGUACAUUUUUGUUUUAAUUUCGUUUGUUAUUAGUCGUUGAAUGUUUGUUAUUUAGAAGAAAUAAGAGUGAAGAUUGUGAAUGAAAGUUGUAUUGUAUGUAGACUAUUGUAUUGGAACGGAAGUUGAUCUGGGAAACGAAGUUUAACUUUUAAUGAUUUGUUGGUGUAUGGAGAUAUGUGUUGUAUUAUGCUUGGCAAAGAAAUUUAGUUCUUUCUGGGUGGUGAGAUUAUGAGGGCUUUGUUUGUCGAUUGUGUAGUGAUUUGAGUGCACAAGCUUGAUCAAGCGUCGUGAAAGCACCAUUAAUCGUGUUUGUAUUGAGACAUUUCAAUUUACCAAAAACCAUGUCCCAAGAAGAAUCUGUUGCAACAGACAUGCAGGUAGGCGAUGAGCAACAGCAAGUUGAAAAAGAAGUUGAGUUAGAAAAAGUAAUUCAGGAAGAAUAUAAACUUUGGAAACAAAACGUACCCUUUCUCUACGAUUUAGUUAUUACUCAUGCCCUGGAGUGGCCCUCUUUGACGGUUCAGUGGUUACCAGAUAAACAGACGGUAUCAGGCAAAGAUUAUUCUGUUCAACGGCUUCUCCUAGGAACCCAUACUUCAGGCCAUGAUCAAAAUUAUCUGCAAGUGGCUUCUGUCCAAUUGCCCAAUUUUGACGAGGAUACUAUCGACAUUACGCCAGCUAAUGUUCGUAGAGCCCAACGUGAAGGCUCUUACAACAUCGAAAUUACUCAAAAGAUUUGUCACGAUGGCGAAGUGAAUCGGGCUCGCUAUAUGCCUCAAAAUCCUGACAUUGUUGCUACUAUGGGCGUUGCUGGAAAUUCUUAUAUUUUUAACUUGAAUGAUCACGGCGCUUUACCAACUAACAAUUCUUUACCACAAGCUAUCCUUCACGGUCAUACUUCCGAAGGAUAUGGUCUUUGCUGGAACCCUAACCAAACUGGCCGUCUAGCAACUGCCGCUGAAGAUCAGUUCAUUUGUUUAUGGGACAUCAACACAUCCUCCUUUUCAGCUACCCAGUCAGUGGAUUUAUCUCCUACCGCAAAAUUUCAUCGACAUUCUGAUAUUGUUAAUGAUGUCCAAUAUCAUCCUCAACAUGAAGCCCUUUUAGUUUCAGUGUCCGAUGACUGUACUUUACAGAUACAUGAUACUAGGUUAAACCCUAACGAUCGCGCUCCUAAGGUUAUUCACGCUCACUCAAAAGCCAUUAAUGCUGUAGCUAUUAACCCUUUUAAUGACUACUUGUUAGCUACUGCAAGUGCAGAUAAAACAGUUGCUCUUUGGGACCUUCGAAAUCCUCAUCAGCGCCUUCAUACUUUAGAAGGACAUGAGGACGAUGUCUAUGGCCUAGAGUGGUCUCCUCAUGACGAACCUAUUUUGGCUUCUAGUUCUACCGAUCGCCGUGUUUGCAUAUGGGAUCUUGCCAAAAUUGGAGAAGAACAGUCUGCAGAGGAUGCUGAGGACGGUGUCCCUGAGUUGUUAUUUAUGCACGGCGGGCAUACAAACAGAAUUUCAGAAUUUAGCUGGUGUCCAAGUGAGCGCUGGGUCCUUGCUAGUUUAGCUGACGAUAACAUCCUUCAGGUAUGGAGUCCUUCCAGAGUUCUUUGGGGUCGUGACGAUGUACAAAUAUCAUCUCGAGAUUUAGAGUAAUACAAAAAAAGAAAACAUGACUUAUUAUAAAAAGUUGUAUACAUUUUAGUUUCACCAUCUUUUCAAAAUAGCCUACGAACUAACCAAUACAUGAUUCCUCCUUUAUUGACUA